AUGUUCAUUCCGAAUAAUUCAAUAUCGGAAAUUGAACCAUUCGAAUUAUCAGGAACUCUUAUCAAAGAAAUAACUAUCCCUGAAGGUGUAACAACCAUAGAUAGCAGUGCAUUUUCAGGUAGUAUUAUGGAAAAAAUUACUUUCCCAUCAACUUUAUAUUCUGUUGGUAGCUAUGCAUUUGAAGGAAUUCCAUGCACAAGUAUAAAGUUCAGCCAUGUAAACACCCUUUAUGAUUCAUGUUUUAUUGGAAGUAAUAUCAAAUAUAUUGAACUUCCUCCUUCAAUAUCCACGAUUGGAUCCAAUUGUUUUUAUAAUAUAUCUUUAGAAACAUUAAUUCUUCCACUCACUUCUAAUUAUUUGUAUAUUGAUUCAUUUGCUUUUGCAUUUCUUACUUUCACAAACUUUACCAUCCCAGAUAAUACUUAUCAUAUAUCAGAGCAGGUAUUUAGAGGGUGUGUUAUUGAAGAAAUGAUUAUUCCUGGUUCAUUGAGCUAUUUUGGAAAUUGGACAUUUACAGACUGUCUAAUUGAUGAAUGUAUUAUGAAAUCAGGAAUUACGAACCUGCAAGAAUAUAGCCUUGCAAUGUCUGACAUAAUAAAGCUUGAAAUACCUUCUUCCUUAACCAAGAUCGACCAAUUCGCUUUUAUGUCCUGUGCCGUUGAAGAGAUUGUGAUACCUAAUUAUUGUAAUGUCUCCAAUAAUGCGUUUGAGGAUUGUUACAAUCUAAAAAGAGUGACAAUUGGAGAGGGAUGUAUAAUAGGAGCAAAUGCAUUCUAUAAAUGCUAUUCUCUCAUUGAAUUAGUUGCUUAUGACUCAAUCAGUUUUACAAAUAAUGCAUUUGGUUCAAUAUCGAAAUCAAUUGCAAUUAAAUAUCUUGGAACUUCAGAUUCAUCAAUUUCCUCAACAAUUAGCAACUUCAAACAGAUUGCUUCUAUUGUAAAUGUAACAUGUAAUUAUCCAAGUUCAACAUUUUGCGGAAUGUCUGUUAAUAAAUUGCCAUGUUAA